UGUUUCCUCGACAAGCAAAAAUCCCAGGAUCGCGUUUAAUGCUGCCUCAAGUACUGAAUACCAUGUAUUGAUUUGUUAACUGACGAAGACAGGAGCCCAAACUAUCACAAACUGCUGAGGUUAGGACUCUCGGAUUAAGAUGUUUGCAAACUUCCACUGACAGCUACAAAUUUCUCACGAUGCCUGUGAAGAUUGGCAAAAUGUUGAUGUGCGGACAGACUGGGGUUGGGAAGACAUCGAUGGUUGAGCAGCUGCUGUACGCGAAUCAUGUCAUCGAAGCCACGCCAAUGCAGGCCACCAUAGAAGACAUCUACACUGCUGUGAUUGAGACUGAUCGUGGCGUGAGGGAGAAAAUACGCAUCUUUGACAUUGGAGGUUUUGAUGGGACCAACACAGAUCUACCAAAACACUACCUCAACUUUCCUGACGGCUUUGUGCUGGUUUAUGAUGUAACAAACUUUGAGUCUUUCAAGAAACUGGACAAACUAAAGCGAGACAUUGACAAAACCAGGGACAAGAAGGAGAUUCACAUCAUCGUCAUUGGCAACAAGAGUGAGUUAACAGAACACAGGCAGGUUGACUUCAACACCGCUAUGGCCUGGGCUGGCAAGGAGAAGUUGCGACUGUGGGAAGUCUCCGUCACAAACCGCCAGUCUCUUGUUGAACCAUUUGUGUGGCUGGCCUCGAAGAUCACAACUCCACCUAGCAAGUCGACAUUCCUGCCAGGCAGGAAAGCCAAGUCUGUAAGCCUGGAGAGCUAGAAGGUUCAUAUCAAGAUGCUCAUGGUCAUGUUCAUCAAACUAUGCUAAAUUUUAGGUCUUGUAACCCCAAAGAUAUGGCAUGGUCCCAUGAUCGAUUCACUAUGGUCUUGCAUCUAGCUGAGGUCAGAUUACUAACUUUUUAACUUUGGCUUUCUCUGCUGUCAUUUUUGUCAUUAACAAGAAUUUGGGGGAAUUGAAACAUGUUUAUUGGUCUAUUGGAUAGUUCAUAUCCUGAAAAGAGUUUCAUAAAACAGACUGUUAAAUUAAGGUAAAAAGGUGAAAGUUAUGUAACUGCAACUACACAAGAACUUCAUGAAACAGUCCGAGGUGGGGACAUUCAGAUUUAGAGAGUUAAUUCUGUCUAAGGCAAUUUAUUGUUUAUUCGGUGGUUAGCAAGCUUUUUCUUCCAAACAAUAUUAUCAAAAAUAUCACUGAACGAAAAAAAUACAAGAAUAGUUUCUACUCAGACCAUUAAGAGUUGCAAUCCGUUGAAGCACAAGGCUGAAGGAUGCAAUAUCUGUGUUCUGGCUGUAAUCUGAUGUCUAAAGGAAUGAAGCCAUCCAGAAACCAACAUUGACAUUUUGUUCUGUAUUUCUGUAAUGAUGCUCUUUAUCCACAGCUUUAUGCGAUAUGUGUCUGAUCUGUUCUUGAGACAACAUCUAUAUUUUAAAAGUCAGUUACCUUUCAAGUUUUCACAAAUUUCACUUAUUUUCCAGUUUUAGUUUUUCAAUUGGCUGAUAUUGGUAACCAACGUAUAAAGAAUAAAGGGCCUAAUGUUGUCUCUAUUCUAUCUCCUGUUGUCAGCUUGGCUAAGAAUUGUUUGACAUAAGAAUAUUGCAAUGAGAUAACUUUGCUGUGUUAAAACUGCUGUGUGCAAUAUGCUGUUGUAGUGACCACAGUGCCAUUUGUCAUGGUCGCUCGGCAAGGGAGUUAACUGACCAUAAAUGUUUUCCAUUUCAUAGCAGGUUAACUCCCUUACCUAUCGGAGAUAUCUUGGUUUCUGCAGACCAGUGAUUUGUUCAUCAUUUCCUGACCAUUUGUUCAGAUCUGGACAUUUUCAGAUCUUGACAUCUUGAUAAAUCAAUAUGUACACUUUCAUUAUUUAUGACAUUGAAGAUUUAUUCAGUAGUAUCUAUUGGUGUCUAACAAUGGUGUCCAUCUCUCAAGGUCACCAGUGAGUGUGAUAUGAAGACUUCUGUAGGUUAUUUAUAUAGUGACAACAGAACACCACCAUGGAAAACCCUUUCCUCAGAGCAACGAAUAACUACUAUUUACUUCUCCCCAUUAUAUACAAGCUAUUUCUAAACACACCGACCACAUGCAGGACAAUCAAGAAUCUUUUGUAAUGUUUGCUACAGCUCAGACAUAUACAAAAGCACUUGUUCACAUUGUAUUACUUAAAACAGGCGUUUUACUUUAAAACAGGAGCAGUAUACCAUUGUGAAUGUUUUCUGUGAACUGCAGUUACUGCUCAGCAACAGAAAAUCAGUAGUAGUCAUGUUCCUUGUUUACAAAAUGCUCAGUUAAUAGACAAAUAUAAACACAUGGAGAAAGUCACCUGGGGAAAAACCUGAACAGGACACAUUAACGGAUAGAAAAUAACGAGGAGAGUUCUAUGGAUAUACAACUUCUUUAAUAUAAUAUGAGCAAUGUUUCGGUGUAGCUACUAACACCGUUAUCAAGCAAAUGAUAUUAAAGAAGUUAUAUAUCCAUAGAACUCUCCUCGUUGUUCAUCACACCAACUUCUAAAUGCCACUCAAACAAGGAAAGAAAAUAGCAAUAUUUCUUUGAGUUUAGGGAUGUAAAUAAGGUCUCUAAAUUUUCCUUCAACUUUUGGCCUAAUCAUCUUGUGAACUCUGGAAUGAAAAAGGGUCGCGAGAGAAGUAGCAUGACUUGGUGCUGUUGUCCGAAGCAGCCAUUGUGCGAAGAUGGUCAUAAGUCCUUAUAAAGUUGUGUGAGUCACCUUAGUACUAAGAUAGCUUUGUUCAACUUGAUGAUGUUCAACCUUUAUUUGUGUUGCAGUAAGUAAUGACCACCUAGUCUGUAGUAUAACCUUUGUAUCACCCAGCUGAGACUUAUUGAGGUGUUCGCCUGUAGUCCCUGCUGUGUGGGAGAUACAGUCCCUAGAGACCAGUAGUACAUACAGUAGGCCUGAUGUAUUGUUACCAUGCAUCAUGGUAUAACUGUCUGUAUCACAUAUAUGCUGUAUAGUGAAUAUGUUGUUGAUUAUGUUGAUGAUAGUGUUUACAGAAUAAACAGUUUUGAGAAUGC